AGUGGGUAUAUAAAGCUUGGUCUCACUCGAGGUCUGCUGUCAUCCGUCCUGCCCAUUUCAAGAGCAGUAAUACAGACUUAUUAAUUCCAUCGUGUUGUCCGUCCGACAAUAUUCUACUUCCUCCCUCCCUCCCCCGACUUUAUCUCCCACCCCACGUUCACUCCUUUGCAACAUCUUUACCAUCAACAGCACCACCACUCUGCAUCAACAUCCACAAUCAUAUCGCGACAUAAUACACCUUUUCCAUAAACCUCAACAGACGCACAUAAUGACGAACCUACUCUCGCUCGUCACCUCGGUGCUUCUGCUGUCGAGCACAGCCAGCGCCCUCUGGCCCAUUCCUGCUCACUACGAGACGGGAAACGACACCUUCUGGCUCUCACCCGACGUCAAGCUCGAAUUCGGAUCCGGCAGCUAUAGCGGCGGCCCAAAGGAAACGAGCUACCCCUCCUCAGACUACUCAUACCCGUCCACCGGACGUGGCAACAAGAAGGUCGAGGCUGCCUGGGACCGUACCAAGGCUGCCUUGUUCAAGACCAACAUCGUGCCAUGGCAGUUCUACCCCAAGGGAGCCAAAUUCGAGCCUUCCGUUGGUUCCGGCACCACCAUCAACAAGGUCGUGAUCACGCAGACCGAGAAGGACAUUGAUGCGCCCACCUAUGAGGAGAUGAAGGAGGCGUACAACCUGACCAUUCCUAACGGCAGCGGAACCAUCUACAUCGACGCCGAGUCUUCUCUGGGUGUGAUGCACGCCUUGUCGACCCUGCAACAGCUCUUCUACAAGUCGCAGAGCUCCAAGGCCCGCGGUUCCGUCUGGGGCAAGGGACCAGUGACCAUCCAGGACAAGCCCCGCUUUGUCCACCGCGGUCUGAACCUCGACGUGGCGAGGCAGUGGUACCCGAAGGAGACUAUCCUCAAGACUCUCGAUGCUCUCUCGUGGAACAAGAUGAACAGACUGCACCUGCACGUGACCGACUCGCAGUCGUGGCCCCUCGAGAUCCCGUCCAUGCCGGAGCUCGCCGAGAAGGGUGCUUACGCGCCCGGAUUGACGUACUCGCCCGAGGAUCUGCAGCAGAUUCUGGAUUACGCCGAGGCGAGAGGUAUCCAAGUCAUCGUCGAGAUCGAUAUGCCUGGCCACACCACGUCGAUUGCCGAGUCGCACCCGGAGCUCAUCGUGGGCAGGAAUGCUCAGCCGAACUGGGACACGUACGCUGCGCAGCCGCCGAGCGGAUCGUUGAAACUGAACAACAAGGAGGUGGAGAACUUCCUGACGAAGCUGUUCAAGGACCUUCUGCCGAGGCUUAACAAGCACACGCCGUACUUCCACACCGGAGGCGACGAGGUCAAUGCCAACGUCUACAAGCUGGACCCGGGCGUGGGCUCAAGCAACAAGACCGAGAUCCAACCGCACCUCCAGAAGUUCUUCAACCACGUGCAGACCCAGGUCCACAACCAGAACAUGCACCCGUUCGUGUGGGAGGAGAUGUUGCUCGACUGGAACAUAACGCUCCCCGAGAAGACGAUCGUGCAGAUCUGGCAGACGGAUGAGGCAGCCAAGAAGGCGACCGAGAAGGGAUACAGGAUAAUUCAGGGCAACUACAACUACUGGUACCUCGACUGCGGCCAAGGUCAAUGGCUCGAUUUCGGCGGUCCCGCGUUCCAGAAGUUCUACCCCUUUGCCGACUACUGCAGCCCGCGCAAGAACUGGAGACUGAUCUACUCGUACUCGCCGACGCAAUUCCUGACGCCUGAGGAGGCCAAACUCGUCCUUGGCGGCGAAGUGCACAUCUGGUCCGAACAGAUCGACUCGCAGUCGCUAGACGUGAUGCUAUGGCCGCGCGGAUCCGCCGCCGCCGAGGUCCUCUGGAGCGGCCGCGAGGAUGCCCAGGGAAACAACCGCACGUUUGCCGAUGCUAGCCCGCGAUUGGCCGAGAUGAGGGAGCGCAUGGUGGCCCGCGGUGUCCGCGCCACGCCCGUCAUGCAGCUGUGGUGUCUUGCCAACCAGGGGGAUUGUGCGCUGAAUGUGUAGGGUAGUUACUUACGCACCGCUGUUAGUACAGUGUAGAGUAUGAUACCUGGUGAAGUGCAGAUGCGUGUUUGAAUAGUGUCUUUUUCUUUUCCUUCUUGUUCUUUUCUUCUGUUUUUGGGGGUGUUUAUGGGGGAUGUGCAGGUUUGAUAACUACCGUGUAAUGGUGCUACGAUGUGUAUGGUUUUUUUGUAUGGGUGAAAAACGGUAGAUAGUGAAUAUCAUGUUUGUCACAUGUACUAUACAUACACCUGCUCUCCCGUCCGAGCAUAGUGG